AUGCCGUCCUACCUCCAGAACGCCGCCCUGAACACCAACCCGCUCCGCGCCAAGCUCUUCCGCUCCAAGUACCAACGGGCAAAGCUCCUACAUGGCAAACGCCUGCAUGAUAAAUUGCGCCGUGUAAAUCUGCUCCGCCCGAAACGCAUCCCCACCUCUGCGCCCGACACAUACCCAGCCCCGCCGCACAACCCCUACGCCAUCGGCACCGUCUUUCCCAACAUGCAAGAGGCCCGUGAGGGACUCCUGCACUACACCAUUUCCCAGAACCUCUCGUACACCGUCUCCCGAGCCGACUCGACACGGUAUAUCAUAAAAUGCCGCUGUGCUACCUGUCCGUUCAGAUUACGCGUCACGCUGAGAAAGUCGGAUAAGCAGGCGGUUGUGACCGUGUCCCGGCCGCAUGAGUGCUCGGCGGAGGUGCACAGGGGCUGGCGGUGGGCGUCGUCGGUGAAGUAUCUGGCGGCGAAACAUAAGGAGUUUUUCAAGGAUAAUGGGGGAAAGCUGCGGGUGGCAGAGCUGCGAGAGCUGGAGCUAAAGGCCGGCAAUGAUGUCAGCGAAAAGCAGGCGUGGAGGGCGCGCAAAGCAAUUGCAAAUGGAUCGAGGUCUCAAUCGACAAUUGCCAGCGGGUGCUCUUCGAGUCCGACGGGUGAUAAAACUUUAAUGGAAGAAAAGUAG